UCGCAGUUAUGGCAACCUCCACCACCUCACAUCGCCCCAUCAAGGGAAUACUCAAAAACAAAAGUUCAACAUCUUCAGUGGAGGAUUCCACUCAGCCAUCCGGAAGAUCUGGCACCCAGGAGUUGCAGCGUAAGAAAUCACAGAAGUGGGACGAAUCCAACAUACUAGCAACUCAUUAUCCAUCCUACAAAGACUAUGACUUAAUGAAGAUGAACGAGCCCAGCAAUCCCUAUGCCAGUGUGCCACACGAUGGAGAAGACACCACGAGUGAAGUUCAAGGAAAGGAAGCUGUAACCCCUGACACCUUAGCGAAGAAACUUGCAGCCACUGACACCUUUGGAGCCAGCUAUCAGGGUGAGGAGCAAGAAUGCAGCGGUGCGCAUACCAGCAAAUUCUUCUUAGACAAGCAAGAAAGGCAAAGACAAUUUGAACUGAAAAGAAAGCUACAUUACAACGAAGGACUGAACAUCAAAUUGGCCAGACAACUGAUAUCGGAGGAGCUACAGUCUGAAGUAGAGGAAGAUGAAAACCAACCAUGUCUUCAUUCAAAUUUUUGAAGAAAAGACUACUACAGAAGAAGCUCCGACGAACAUCUAGAAAUUCCAUCAAAACGCGUAUAAGAUCUGCGGUUGCUGCUGCCAUUGCCUAUACCAUCGCUGCUUCUUGCUUCUUAGAACCCACGGUACUAGUGUGAUAGUUCUUAUCCAUUUAACUGUUUAAUAGUGUUUAAUUGUCAUGGAGGGAUUAAAUGGUAAUCUUAGAAAAUAUUAAAUUGGCUUAAAU